GGAUACAGAGUAGUCAGCGUGACUGGCACUAAAGCUAUGGCGGCAGAGUGGGUUGUUGAUCAGAAGGAUACAGAACAUUUGUUUUCCAAACCUAGCAGCUUUUGCACUGGGUGGUGGGUUUUCCUGUGGUCUCGGGUGAUAGCAGCAGCUGGAAUUGACUCCAAACGUGAGCUGGCUCUGAAGAGCAGCAUGAGCCACAGCAUGAACUACAGCCGGAGCAGCAGAGCAGUCAACGUGAGCAUCAGUGGGGACAUCUUCAAGGCAGCGCUGCGAAGUCUGACAUGGGAGGGCAGGGUUGUGGGCAUGGGUUUUGCUGGAGGAAAAUACUUCAUUCCCAGCAACCUGCUCCUUCUGCAGAACAUGAGUGUAUUGAGUUGGUACAGCGAGGAAGAUCAUUUCCCCAAUAUUUUUCUCUCUACUAUCUCCUCCAUUCCCCAGUAUUGCCAUGAGGGAAAUAUCCAUCCACAUCUUGGAACAAUCUUCAAACUGAAAGAGGUAAACAAAGCCUUCAGCCAUGUCCUCCAACACAAGUCAGGAAAGGUCAUCAUCAUCUCCAUAAAGUAA